AUGUACGGGCAGACGAAAAAGCAGCCGCUGCUGCUCUUCAUCAGCUUUGGCUGCAUUGCGGCCACUUUUGGCCAGAGAUUGCCUGUGCCCACAGAGCAGCUGCUGGCGCCCGGCCUGCCCUUCGCAGAGAGCUUCGAGAUCUUCGACGGCAAUGUUGCUGCUGCUGCUGGUGCUGCUGCUGGCGCGGACGACGACGACAAUACACGGGAACAGCUAAGGCAAGUGCUCGGGCAACAGUUGACCGGCGCUGUGGCACCGUUGACAGCGACGCCGUUGGCCGUCCUAAGUCGCCGCCAGCCGGCCAUUGUGGCGCCCAGAUCGGGCGCACAGGCUGCACAGCGCUUUGCCGACUCUGGUGACGAGGAAGAGUCCAGCGAGGAGGACAGCGAUGAGACAGAAAACGAAUCGGACACCGACACGGACACGGAUACGGAAACGGACACCGACGCGGCACAGGAGCCGCAGCAGGAAUACAAUCCGUAUCGUGACAAUUUUAACGACCGCAACGAGGACGGCAGCUACGUAUUUGGCUACGCGCUGCCAAACGGCGUGCGCCGCUGGGAGCGUGGCUUCUAUUCGAAGCAGCAGCAGCAUGGUCUGGUGGUCGAAGGCUUCUAUGUCCAGCCUCGUAAUUACGGUCAUACAACUCAAUAUGAGCUGCGCUGCUAUCGCGCCGAUGCACAUGGCUAUCAUCCGCUGGCAGUGGAGUACUUGACGCAGCCGCCUCGUGUGCGCCGUGAUGAGUUGCCAAAUGUGCGCUGUUUGAAAUUUAAUCGAUAG